GCCCAACCACUUUCCGAAGAAUGGGAGAAGGACGAUGGAAACCAACUGCUGGAGUUGCUCCAAACUCUCUUCCCAUUCCUGCUGCGCUAGACGGUAUUCCUCCUCAUCAUAAGAGUCAUCUGAUGCAGUAGAGUCUAGUGAUGCCACAGAGCUUGGCAUGAUAGUGGUCGAUGUCCACGAUAUGUAGAACGGCACAGUUUGCAGAUGCGUCAUGGAAACAUCAAUAGCUGGUCGCAGCUCACGCAAGAGACUAGUGGGCCAGCCGCUGCUCUAUGCCAUUUCUGUGUUUGCUAGUUUGGGUGUAUUUCUUUUCGGAUAUGAUCAAGGCGUUAUGUCUGGGAUUAUCACUGGCCCUCAUUUUCUCAAGUUCUUCAAUGAGCCAAAGGCAUUUGAGGUCGGCACCAUGGUCGCUGUCUUGGAGAUCGGCGCGUUCAUUACAUCUAUUGCGGCGGGGCGCGUCGGAGAUAUAAUAGGCAGACGAGGGACCCUUUUUAUUGGUGCUUGUGUCUUCGCACUUGGCGGUGCCGUUCAAACGUUCACGCCGGGGUUCUGGAUAAUGGUCAUUGGUCGUGUCAUCGCUGGUUUUGGUGUCGGCCUACUUUCGACGAUUGUUCCUAUAUACCAAAGUGAAAUCUCACCACCGGAUCAUAGAGGUGCUCUAGCGUGUAUGGAGUUUACAGGAAACGUUUUCGGCUAUGCCUGCUCUGUGUGGCUAGAUUAUUUCUGCUCCUUUAUUGACUCUGACAUGUCAUGGCGAAUCCCGCUGUUCGUGCAAUGCCUUAUUGGUGCCUUGCUUGCGGCUGGAUCGCUUGUCAUGCCUGAGAGUCCAAGGUGGCUCAUAGAUACAGAUCAUGACGAAGAGGGUAUGCGAGUUCUCGUCGAUCUUCAUGGAGGUGACCCAGAAGACGUUCUUGCCAAGGCCGAGUUCCAAGAAAUCAAAGAGAGGGUUAUUUUUGACCGUGAGAGUGGCGAAGGACGUACAUACGCUGUUAUGUGGAAACGUUACAAGCGCCGUGUGCUGCUAGCAAUGUCAUCGCAGGCCUUUGCUCAACUUAAUGGAAUUAACGUCAUAUCUUACUAUGCACCUAGAGUAUUUGAGGAGGCUGGAUGGGUUGGCCGGGAUGCCAUCCUUAUGACAGGUAUCAAUGCUAUCAUUUACGUCCUAAGUACUCUGCCACCGUGGUAUCUUGUUGAUAGAUGGGGCCGUCGAUUGAUUCUCUUAACUGGUGCGGUCGUGAUGGGUAUUGCCCUGGGCUUUACGGGUUGGUGGAUGUAUAUUGACGUCCCAGAGACACCUAAAGCGGUUGUCACCUGCGUCAUUAUUUACAAUGCGGCCUUUGGAUAUAGUUGGGGCCCUUUGCCUUGGCUAUAUCCUCCUGAGAUUAUGCCUUUGGCUGUGCGCGCAAAAGGUGUAUCUUUAUCCACCGCCACCAACUGGGCAUUUAAUUUCCUCGUCGGGGAAAUGACACCAGUCCUACAAGAAGUCAUUGAAUGGCGAUUAUACCCCAUGCACGGAUUCUUCUGCGCUUGCAGUUUCGUUGUCGUGUACUUCUUGUAUCCCGAGACAAAAGGUGUUCCUUUGGAGGAAAUGGAUGCCGUUUUCGGUGAAGAAGAACUAGAGGAACGUCUUGAGGAUGAGGAGUCCGAACGGGCUUCCCUCGUCUCGCGGCGAUCCCGCCAAUCUCGACUUUCACGAAGUUCCUCUAACAAACUGCCCUCUCUUCCCGGGCGUGGCUUGCUAAGUCGUUUGCUUAAUCGGUCGGAGCACGCUGCUUCCUACGAACCGAUACGUGACGGUGAUGAAUAGGAAUUGUCGAGGAUGAACAAUGGAGACGAAGGGGGACGCCAUCGGGUUGCUUCUGAUCCGGAAGGCGUAAACGGGAACAUCUCUGCAUGAUGGUGCACAUCAUGUGUUGCCAUUGGUAGUGCAUAACCCUCUCCUUCACAUUGCUCAUCCUCACAAAGUUUACACUAUCAUUUGGCUCGACCACUUGCGAGACCAUCCUACAAAUUCUCCCAUACCAGCUCACACGUCUCGGAUAGUUAGCCUACAGUUCAUAUUUCCCAUAUACAUGACUUAGCUUUUUUUGUCUGCUUUCCUUGUCACUUUGCAAAUUUUCGUGCAUCCUCUGUACUACAAUCAAAUUUCCUUUAUCUCGAUACCGAGUCGCCCGUUAUAAAUAAGACGAAGAUGAAAAUGG